GAAAUAAAAAGUUAAUAAUCUCCUUCACCUGCUCUUCCUCCUCCUCUUCCUCCGAGCGCUGCAGGGACUCGCGGAGGCAGCCGAGUCGAUGCUCGGAGGUCGCUUGGACCAUCGCAGCCAUGGCUGAGCCCAUGGAUUUGGCCGUGGGUUGGUAGCGGCUGCGGUGCCGGAGGUUGGACGGCUGUUACGGGGAAGGAGGUGAGGAUAGAGCAGAAGGAGCCAUCCUGCUCGCCACCGGGCUGAGAGCUAUGCCGCUGCAGACAGAGAUCCUACGCGAGGUCUGGGCUGCUGACAGCCCCAGCGAGGAGCCGGGCAGCCCCCAGCAGCACAAGCCCAAGCAGAAGCUGAAGAAGAAGCGUCAGGACCCUGUGCCAGAGCCUGAGGUCAAGCCACGACGGCCGCGGGUGAAGAAGCCGAGCGAGGCGGGGGCUGCCGAGGAGCCAGCGCAGGGGGUGAAGAAGCUGAGGAAGAAGAAGGAAGAGAAGGGGGAGGAAGAGAGCAACAAGGACCUCUACUCCAAGGCCACCAAGGAGACUCGGAAGAAGAAGGAGAGCCCUGCUCCCCGUUCCCAUACGGCCAAGGGCCCCAAGAAGCAGCAAGAGCCAGAAGAGGACUCUGAGGAUGAGGAGGAAGAAGAGGAGGUGGAGAGUAAAGACCCACCAAAAAAGCUCAAGAAGAAACUGCCCAAAGACCCUCCCUCGGGUGAGAAGAAGCUGAAGCCAAAGGGAGACAAAGGUGACCCAACCAGCAAAGCCAAAUCUGCCAAAAGCACCAAGAAGGAGUCCAUGUCCAUGUUCCAGGUGAACGGGGAGAAGAAGGAGAAGAAAAGCAAGAAGAAAGCCAUCACCAGUAGCGAUGAGGAGGACGAUUCUGACUCCAGCACCAAACCCAUCAGAUCAGAGAAGAAGAAAAACCCAGCAUCUCUCUUCCAGACCGGUGGGGACCCCCCGAAGGAGAAGAAAACCAAAAAGAAAACUCCUCCCAAAGCAGCUGAGAGUGAGGAGGAGACCCCGGAGACCCCGCAGAAAAACUCCAACAAGAAGGGGAAAGGGAAGAAAUUGAAGAAGACAAAGGAGAGGCCCCCAUCCCCCGUCAUCGAGGUGGACAACCUGGAGGAGUUCGUGCUGCGGCCAGCACCGCAGGGAGUGACCAUCAAGUGCCGCGUGACACGGGACAAGAAGGGGAUGGACCGAGGGCUUUACCCCACCUAUUAUCUCCACUUGGAUAACGACAAGAAGGUGUUCCUCCUUGCUGGGAGGAAGCGCAAGAAGAGCAAAACCUCCAACUACCUCAUCUCCAUCGACCCCACCGACCUCUCACGGGGAGGAGAGAACUUCAUAGGGAAACUGAGAUCCAACCUGAUGGGUACAAAGUUCACGGUGUUCGACAAUGGCAUGAACCCCGACAGAGCCAACGCCGACUGGUCCAACGUGCGGCAGGAGCUCUCAGCCGUGGUUUACGAGACCAACGUUUUAGGGUUCAAAGGCCCCCGGAAGAUGACAGUCAUCAUCCCUGGGAUGAACUCUGACAAUGAGAGGGUGCCCAUCCGACCUCGAAAUGAUAACGACGGCCUCCUGAUGCGAUGGCAGAACAAAAACAUGGACAACGUGAUCGAACUGCACAACAAAGCACCGGUGUGGAACGACGAGACCCAAUCCUACGUCCUCAACUUCCACGGCCGGGUCACCCACGCCUCCGUCAAAAACUUCCAGAUCGUGCACGGCAGCGACCCUGACUACAUCGUGAUGCAGUUUGGACGUGUGGCAGACGAUGCCUUCACCAUGGACUACAACUACCCGCUCUGCGCCGUGCAGGCCUUCGCCAUCGCCCUCUCCAGCUUCGACGGGAAGCUCGCCUGCGAGUAGCACCUGCGCUGGGGAUGCCGGGGCCACCGCGGCUCUGUGCCAGUGCCCAGCGGACACUCCUAUAUCUCCAUUCCGUUCUGCUGCCUCCACUCCCACCUUUUGCUUGGUGAAUGCUUCUGGUUCCGGCCGCUCCUGGGGUCGCUGCACGGUGGGACAUUCAUUCAGCCACGGUCACCCUCUCCGGGCAAACUGGGGACGGAUCACUGGUCUGGGGCAGAUGGCAGAGCCAGGACUUGGGUAUAUUUAGCGGAUGAGGCUGACUGUGAGCCCAAUCCUAUCCCUUUGAGAUGUUUCUUGGACUCGGAUCCUGGAAACUCAUCCUGCUUUUUUUUUUUUUUUAGGUUCUGGUUUGUAUUUUGUAGCACGAUCUCACAAGGAGAGGGGGGUUGGUGGUCUCCUCGGGUUGUGUUUCCUCAUCCUCCUCUAAGUGUGCAGAGCUCACGCUUGACCAGGCUCUGCCCAAGUUCCCAGCAACCAUCUCGAUGCCCACCAAGCACCAAACCUCUCUUUUGCCCUGGAGUAUGUGCCCAGGGUGUCUUUGGGCUCUCCACUCGCUGGGUCUAACCCCUCUGCCUGGAAACCUUUGGACAUUUGGGUCCCCGAGGAGCAGCCUGGCACCCAGAGCGCUGGCGGCACGCGGGCACGUGCCGAAGGAAGGCAGUGUUGGCAGAGGAGGACCAGCAGCCACGUGAGGCAGAGCCGGCACCGCUGGCACGGGGUUGAGUUGGGUUGGUGCCACCAGGAGGGACCUGGAAGGGAAAACUCUGGGUGCACCAGGAAGCACUGGGGUGACUCACAAGGUGUGGUAUGGCGCUGAGUCACGCACAGCGCCGGAUGGGCCCCUCAGAGCCCCCGGUGUCCCUCAGCUCUCCAACCUGGCGUCCCACAGCACCUCUCCGGAUGCUACCAAGGUGGUGGUCCCAUGAACCAGCACACCCCAAGUGUCCUGGCUGCCAGGACCAGCCCUGCUGGUGCUCCCUGCACCUGGAGAGGUGGAGGAUGGGAUGUGCCAAUCCAUGGGAUGUCACGGGGAGCUGCGGAGAGUCAAUGGGAAGGGGAGAUGCUGUGGGGAGCGGGGCAGCCGUGCCCCCAUUUCAGCACAAAUUCACCUUUGCGGGGUUGAGGAUCUGAUUAGCUCAGUGAUGAGGAACCUCAGGACGUGCCAAGGUGCUCAAACCACUGUCCUCAGUUCCCCAUUAAUCCUUCUCUCCCCAUCUCGGCUCACACUCUGAGUCCAUGAGGGGCUGAUACAGUUUGUGGUCCCUUUCCUGGGACACGUACAGGUCUUCUCCCGCAUUCCAGGGGUGAUCCAAGCCCCUCAAGUUAACAUCACAAGAGGUAUAACCAGGGUGGAAAGGCUGAGGAGCAAGAGACAGAUGAAACAGAUGCGGUUGUGAAGAGGGAUGCUCGUCCUCACUGGGCAAUAUUGCAAUGCCACUACAGCCCAAACCUGUCCCCGUGUGGGGCUGGGGACAGAUGACAGUGACGGUGGGACCACAAGCUACAGCUGGACCACUGGCAAACAUCUUCUCCACUGGCUUUGCAGAUGGAGCUGGAGUUUUCCCACCAGCUGCAGGAAUCCAGGCUCCAUGAUUCAUUGGCAGAUGCUUUCGGUGGGGGCAGAUGGAGGCGGAGAGCUCUGGGACAGCGAGCUGGCUGGGGGACAUCACCCCUUACCCAUGUGGCAAGAUCAGAGGCCUUCUGGUGAGCUAAAGGGAGAACUAGCCACCGUGGUCCGGGGCCAGCAUCCCUUGGUUAGGUAUGGCCAGCAAAUGUGGGGAAAACGAGAGCUUUCUGCCCGAAUCCAGCCACGAACCCAACAUCUGUUUGAAAUCGGGAAAAGCUCUGCUAACAGUCAGGCUAACGCUUGUCUCCACUUCCUUCGGUGGAAGCAGAAACGCCAAAGCAGGAUGAGAGAGAGAGGGGUUUGGGCUCCCCGAGGUCCUGCUGGAGAAUGAGCUGCCGUUAUCUUGGCUGAUCCCCGAAGGCUUUCUCCUUCCCCGCACCCCAAAUAUCUCGGCGUUGCCUGUGGUUGCUUGCAAACCUCCUCGGGAUUCCCAGCCUUCGGCUCAAGCGGAUGGCACCCCAUGCCAGAGCAGUUCCCGCAUCAGCCACCCACCCCAAAUCCCUUACACAAACCCUCUAACCCAAACCAACUGCAGCACGAGAAACAAAUGAAAUCAAUUUAAUCGGGCGAUGGAUAUUCGGGCCCUUUGUUUGCGCUGGCUGUUAACACCAGAGGAGAUGAGGAAUGGAAGCAGUUGAAAUGUGUAUCUACUUUGGCCGAUGGAAAGUGUGACGGAUGCGCCGGCAGACCAAUGGCUGAGGACGCUGGGGUGUGCGUGGGUGUGAAAGGAAUGCUCGCAGCGAGAAAAGAUAUAUUAAAAAAAAAAAAAGAGCAGAAGGAGCCUUAUCAACAGCGUUUGAGCCCAAAGUGUGCAUCUUCCCCAGGGAAAGCUUUUUUCUCCAUCCCCAGGGAUGAAGUUUUCCCCACAGCAUGAGGCUUUGAGGCUUCUGAAGCUUCAUUUUAAGGGGUUGGUGGUGCAGGGAUGGUUUUAACCCCGUGAAGCGCUCACACAGGGGCACAAGCGUGACCAGCGGCCGGCAACGACUGUUGGCAGUUCCUCAAAGGACCCCCCUCGGAAAUGCAUUUUAUUUUUGCAAAGAUGGAUAUAAGGGGAAAAAGAGAGGGGGAAAAAAAUAAGGUCCCACCUCGUUGUUGAGCAUCGCAUCCUAGCUAGGACCAACGUCACUGCAGCGCCGUUGGCUUCUGCAAGCAGUGGUUGGCGGCAUCUCUGUUCCACGCUGAUGAGUAGGGAGAUGCUGAUCCAGAGCUAAGCAGGAGGAUGGAAGUGGAGGACUCUUCUCGGACUUCUCGCUUGUCCCUCUGCCCCAGGGCUUGAUCCCACCUCGUUUCUGAGCAUUGCAUCCUAGCUAGGAGCAAUGUCACUGCAGUGCCGUUGGCUCCCACAGGCGGAGGUUGGUGGCAUCCCUAUCUCACACCAACGAGCAGAAAGACGCCCAUCCAGCAGCAGGAUGGAAGUGGAGGGCUUGCUUGUCCUUCUGCCUUGGGGCUUGAGAGCACCUCGUUGCAACUUUGGUCCCACCUUGUUGCUGAGCGUCACGUCCCAGCUAGGACCAAUGUCACUGCCAUGCUGUUGGCUCACACAGGCAGUGGUUGACGGCUUCCCCACCUCACACUGAAGAGUGAGAAGAUGAUCAUGCAGAGCUAAGCAAGAAGAUGGAAGUGGAGGACUCUUCUCGGACUUCUCACUUGUCCCUCUGCCCCAGGGCUUGAUCCCACCUCGUUUCUGAGCAUUGCAUCCUAGCUAGGAGCAAUGUCACUGCAGUGCCGUUGGCUCCCACGGGUGGAGCAUCCCUAUCCCACAACAACGAGCAGAAAGAUGUCCAUCCAGCAGAAGGAUGGAAGUGGAGGGCUCCUCUCUGACUGCUCACUUGUCCUUCUGCCUCGGGGCUUGAGAGCACCUCGUUGCAACUUUGGUCCCACCUUGUUGCUGAGCGUCACAUCCUAGCUAGGACCAAUGUCACUGCCAUGCUGUUGGCACACAAAGGCGGUGGUUGAUGGCUUCCCCACCUCACACCGACGAGGGAGAGGAUGGUCAUGCAGAGCUAAGCAAGAAGAUGGAAGUGGAGGACUCUUCUCAGACUUCUCGCUUGUCCCUCUGCCCCAGGGCUUGGUCCCACCUCGUUUCUGAGCAUCCUAGGACCAAUGUCACUGCAGUGCCGUUGGCUUCCACAGGCGGUGGUUGACGGCAUCCCCAUCCUACACCAACAAGCAGAAAGAUGCCCAUCCAGCAGAAGGAUGGAAGUGGAGGGCUCUUCUCUGACUGCUCGCUUGUCUUUCUCCCCUAGGGCUUGGGGGGCUCUGUGCCCCCAGCCCUGAGCUCAGGCUCAGCCCCCAUCCUGUUAGGGGGGGCUCCAAAAGGCAAACACCCCAUCAGGCAGACAGCAUCCCAGCAGGUACGGGAUGGGAGGUUGGAACCAGGAAACUCCUCGCCUGACAAUAGAGCUGUUUGGUUCCCAGUGAGUGCCCUUCCCAGUGGAGAGCAUCGCCUCAGCCGCGCUUUGAAGUGGCGACCCAUUAAUUAAUUAAAGAAGCGAUCGUGACAGGGUGUUAUUCUCCCCCUUUUUCCCUCCCCAUGAAUUCAUUUUGGUGACAUUGAAAGGCAGACUCGUGGCUGUAAGCUGGGCUGUGGGUUUGCAGGAUGGACUCUUUCCCGGCACAGCAAGCGACGGGCGAGCCAAUAUUUUUCAACUGCUUUUAAAAAAAGAAUCAUUUUUUAAUUAGUGAAUCCAUUCCGGAGAAGUGUUGGAGUUUUACAAUGUUGUAGCUGUUCUUGGUGUCUUGCCUAGACUUGGAUGUUCUGGCCAUAAGAAAAUAUUAUUUAUGGCGUCGCUGCUUGCAGCUCUUUUAUAUUAUAAUUUGGGAAAGGAAGUUGCUGUUCCCACCAGUGGACGAAGAACAGCAGAGACGAGGAUUACGGACUUCUGGAGGAGGGGAAAAAAUAGAAACGAAGAGGCUGGGCUGUAACAAACCACUGAGUUGGGCUUGAAUUGCCGCUCUUCAGACCAAGCUCAUCCUGGCAUCACCGGCGGUUGGGUGGGAUGCCGUAACGGACCCCGGCACAGCGGUGACCCCCUCGCUAUUCCCCUGCGCGGCGUUACAUGUGUUGCUAACCAUUUGCAGAUCAGGCUUUUAUUCAUGGGGUAAUGCACUCUUGUUUGCUCAUGCCUUACUCAGCCUAAACUCCUAUUGAACUCAAUUACGGCUGUCAUCUCCAGGAGCACUCAAUGUCAUUUUUGCCCAAGUAAGGGAUGAGUAACGAGUGCUCCGAAGGGCCCUUGGAGAAUUGCAGCCAUUUUGUUGCAGUUUUUGGUCCAGAUUUCUUACAAGUUAGCACCAGGCCAAGGGGGGAAGAAUGCGAUACGGUUUUAUUAAUCACACACGAUUGCUGAACGCGUUGGAUGUUUGGGAGACUGUCACUUUAUGAGUUGCAGCGUUGGCUGGCUCGUCUCGAAACGCUU